CCUGGUUCCACAAAAAUCUGCCUUCCUUGGAGACUUGGGCAUGACACCCCAUCCAUAGGAUAAAAGCGUUUGUCCUUUUGACACCGAGGACAUACAAAUGACGAGAAACUACACACACUCGGCAUUAGGCCAGCGCCCCACAGCAACUUCCCUAUGUUGGAAGAUGUCCAAGGAACAGCGGGCAGAGACCCUCGGCGGCCACAGGAAGGGGUAGGGUGCAGGGGUAUUGUGACAUGCUCCAGGGAAGGGCAGCUCUCCCCUUGGCCAACGGAGGCCCCGGCUCAGAGGAACAAGGGAGCCGGACCGGACAUGGAGGCUGGGGCCCAGCCCGCUGGUGCUGAGCAGGAUGGGGAGGACGAGCCUGAGCCGCAAGCUCCGACCCAAGCCAUCGAGGGCCACGGCCAGGUGCUGCUGAUGGGCAAUUUCUGGCCGCAGGAAGAGCGCUUCCUGACCCUGCAGGACAUCCUGGAGCAGAGCCCGACCAGCCGGCCCACCCAGGAGCCCUCGUCCACCAGAGCCACGGGCGGCCACAGCAGCUCCAGCGACUGCUCCUGGCGGCGGCGUCUCAAGCGCCCCAGCGACUGCUCCUCCGACGACACCGAAGGCCGGGCCGCCAAGUGCAAGCGCUCGGCCCAGAAGCCGCCCCAGGGUUCGGCCGGGACGCCCAGGAGCCGGGCGGCGGCGGAGGAUGCGGCGUCCGGGCGCCAGAACCCCCAGCUGCCGCUGCCGCCGCUGCCGCGGGAGCCGGGCGCGCGGCUGCUGCUGGUGUUCUGCCGCGCGUCCGCGCUGCGCUCGCAGCUGCCGCGGCUGCAGCUGCUCCUGCGGCGGGUGCACGCCCGGCACCGCAGCCCGCCCGCCGCGCUGGUGGGCAUCGUGGUGCUGCCGCGGCGCGAGGAGGAGGCCGAGGCCCGCCGCCGCAUGGAGAGCCUGCUCGGCAGCGCCUUCGGGCCGCACAGCCCGGCCGUGGAGGUGCACACCGCGGUGUUCAGCCCCAGCCGCCCCGAGGGCACCCUGGACAUCCAGCGCGCCGCCGCCGCCGCCGCCGCUGCCGCCGCCGACGGAGCACGCGGAGGAACACACGAGGCCCCCGCGCGGGGCUGCGUCACCCUCAUGGAUCAAGAGACUCAGACAGAGGGGCCUCCGACUCAGGCGAGCCCCUUCUGUUCCUGUACCACUUGCCCCGGCAGCUCUGCUUGCUGGCGUCGUCUGGGCCUGUGCCACAGCCGCAUCUUCGAUGUCCUUCUGCCUCAGGCCUGGAUGACCGUGCCAGGCAGAGAAUUCCCAAGCCUCCUCACCUUCUACAGAGGACCGGCAAGGAAGCACACCAGUCAUCGUAAUUCCCGUGCUCCAGGUUCUCGGGACUGCAGCUGUGGCUCUGGGGGCUCUAGCAACUGCCUACUGCGUCAUUGAACUCCUGUGAACAAACCCCCAGGCUCGCGGUCCAGCAGAUCCAGUUUCCACCAGGGAUAUCCCUUGUCACCAAAAUAGAACAAUAAAAAACAAAAACAAAUUCUGUUUCUUGAUUGUGUUCUACUCAAGUCACAAAAGCUGGACUUGGUAGGGAG